CGAGUUUCGACGUCAAACUCUGCCGCGCAAUGUGGUUUUUUUCGUUACUCCGGUUGGAUGAGUUCGUUCGCUAGUCUAAUGAACCCGUAUGGAAACAUUAUCGAGGGGAUUGGAAAUGAAUUACUUUUUGUCAUCAGUUGUAUGGGAACGAUUUUAUUUCUUAUUGUGGCUUGGAUCUCUACAAGGGUUAACUGGGAGUUGAUGCCUGUUAGAAUAACCUUGCUCCGCCAUCCUCACAGAAACCAUGAUACUGAAACAGAAACGACAAAUACACCAGGAACUGUAGAACCUGACAACAUCGACUCAUCGGGUAAUAUUUUCUCAGAAACUUCGGGUUCUAGUUCCGAGGAUGAAACCGAUUCCGAUACAUGCAUUCACAAACGGUCAUCUGUUCAGACUUCAAUCACUUCAAAUGAUCAAAGAAAUUCAUCUUCAUCCGAUGCGGAAUCGAAAACGAGUAGAACAAAAGAAAAAGGACAAAUUAAUUCUACAUCUUGUUUUAAUGGACAUUUAGCCAUUAAAUUGCAAUAUCUUAAUGAAGAAUCACGUUUUGUACAUGCAUCUCCCACUAUGUCUGUUAAUCGUUUUAAGAAGAAGCACUUUGUAGAUGAAUUAAUCAAUCAGAAAAAGAACGUCAGGCUUAUCUUCCAAGGCCGAGAGUUACUGGAUGUUUUACAAAAUGAAGCAAAUUUUCAUAGUAGUGGAAGACCAAAACGUCAAAGAUUAUGUGACUAUGGUAUAACUGAUGGCUCAACAAUUCACUGUCUUGUUACAACUCCUGUUGUAUCAUCACCUACCAGGUCAUCCUCGGUAAACGAUUCCGGAAACACAGAACGUAAUUUCGCUUUCCCAAGUUCUUCCAGCGAUUCAAUGUUAACUGAGUUUGAUAUAGGUACUAGGCUUAUGAAACCACUUUUCGCUUUCCUCCUACUUUUCACUUGGUUUUUUAGGAUUGUCUAUAGACAAUAUUUUAAUUCAGUGUCUACGUUUGCUUUAGUAACAUUAACAGUGUUCUUUUGUGGAGCCGUAUUUACUGCUACUCUUGUGAAUGCUGUCUCGACAAUAGCUUCAUUAUUUGGUUUUCCAAGCAGUAAUGAACUGUCAAAUCAACAAUCAGAAAAUCCAACCAACCAACCUAACUCACCCGAUGUACAAGUUCUAACUGUAACUAUGGUUGCACGUCGUAUUCCACCUCAAACACCUGUAAACCAAACAAACAGUACUUCAUUUUUUCUUGGGGAAUCAGCCCAUAGUCAUCAAAUUAUUGUUGAUGAGCCCAAUAAUGAUUCUCAAACAAGAACAGACUAACUGCUGAGAUAUCUUUACUUGUGUUUAUUUUAUUUUAUCAUUGUAUUCUUUGGUUCACUUUAGAUGUUUGUUAUAAGUUCCUAAAUGUGUAUUUCUCCUGCUUUUUAAGCAGAAGUUGCCAUUCUUGUACAUAUGAUUCAGUUUGUCCUGAUUUCCUACUUAAUUAAAUGCAUUCAAUCGAU